GCAAGCACGGUCGCAUUACACAACAGGUCGCAUGGGGAACGCAGCGCCCCGGGCGGUCCCGGCGAACGCGAGCCAGCUGGACACGGCGUCGCAGUGCCGGACGCUCCUCAUGGAGUACAAGUUCCCGAGCAGCAACAUGAACCUCGUCUUCAGCAACCUCCUCGGCGACGGCAAGUUCCUCAAGACGGUCCAGUGCAAGUGCGAAGAGGGCGUCGUCGUCGUCAAGCUCUACCGGCGCUACGACACGUCCGAGUCGCUCGAGGCCGCGCGCGUCCAGCUCGCGCAGCUGCAAGCGGCCUUUGGCGUCAUGGAGGCGACGCCCAACAUCGUGCCGUACGCCCAUUUCCAGCUCAGCACCAAAGUGAACGCGGCCUUCCUCGUGCGGCAGUACUUUGUCGCGAACCUCUACGACCGCAUCUGCACGCGGCCCUUCCUCUGCGACAUUGAGAAGAAGUGGAUCACGUUCCAGCUGCUCAAGGCGCUCGAGCAGUGCCACUCGCGCGGGAUCUGCCACGGCGACAUCAAGCAGGAAAACGUCAUGGUCACGAGCUGGAACUGGAUCUUCCUCACAGACUUUGCGCCGUUCAAGCCCACGUACAUGCCCGAGGACGACCCGGCCGAGUACUACUACUAUUUCUGUGCGAGCGACGCGUCCCGCCGGUCGUGCUCGGUCGCGCCCGAGCGCUUUUACGGCUCGCAUCGCGACGUGCUCUCGCGCCUCGCCGACAGCGACAUUAGCGUCGAGGAGUUUGACAAGCACGUCAACAUGGCCCGCGCGACGCCGUCCUCGAUGCCGUCGACGCCCUCGUCCACCGCGACGCCCAAGGGCACGCUCCACGAGUCGAUGGACAUCUUUGCGACCGGCUGCGUCAUCGCCGAGCUCUUCAACGGCGGCAAGCCGCUCUUUGACCUCCCGACGCUGUUGCGGUAUCGGACCGGUGACAUGACCGCGCUCGCAACAAUCCGAAAGCUCCAAGAGACCGACCCCGCGCUCGCCGAAAUGCUGCGCCACAUGCUGCAGCGCGACCCGCGCCAGCGGUCGUCGGCAGCUGCGUACCGCCUCCAGUACACGCAGUCGAUCUUUCCGGCGUACUUUGACGCGUUCCUCUUCCGCUUCAUGUCGCUCGUGCUCUCGCGGGGCGGGAAGCUGCCGGACGCUCGGAUUCGGCUCGUGUGCAAGUACUAUGGCCGCAUCGUGCGCGAGCUCGUCGGCGUCGACGACAAGGAGGGCGAGGCGUUCUUUACGCACCGGCUCAAGGAAGGGUACGGGUCGGACCGGUCGCACUUCACGGACGACGUUGCCCAGCGCAUGUACAGUGAGAUGGAGCACCCGGUGGACGGCCCGCCGCCGACGGACGAGUCGGAGCACGUGGCCGAGACGCUCUUGUUGACGCAGGCCAAGUUUAGCGUGUACGCCAAGCGCAAGCACGAGACGCUCAAGCGUAUGAAGAAGGCGUCGAUCAAGCCCAGCCCUCCGAUUCGCGAAGAAGAGGCGUCGGUCAGUGGCGUCGACGACGGCGACGUGUUGCCGGCCUCGGACGUCUCGACCCGGCCACCGCACUUGCCAUCGCACCAAAACGGCAUUAUGAUUAUCCUCUCACUGCUCUGCUCGAGUGUCCGGCACUGCGGUGUGCCCCAGUCCAAGCUCACUGCCCUGCAGCUCAUUACGCGCCUUGGCGCGUUUGCCGACGACGAAGUCCGGCUCCAGCGGCUCGUGCCAUUCGUCAUGGAGGUCCUCGACGAUGCGUGUGCGGCCGUGCGCGCCGAAGCCAUUCGCUGCGUCACGUCGCUCCUCUCGCUCGUCAAGAUCUUUCCGCUCUCGGACGCAGCGAUCUUCCCGCAGUACAUUUUGCCGGCGCUGCAGUCGUUCCCGUCGGACGCCGAAGAAAUGGUCCGCAUCGCGUUUGCCGAGUGCCUUCCGUCGCUCGCCGAGUCGGCGCGGCGCUUCCUCGAGAUCUCGUGCACGCUCAAGAUGCGCGCGCUGCAUGCGAAUUCCGCGAACGCUACGUCGCUCGAGUCGACGCGGCAGACCAAGAGCAAGACCAAGGACGGCAAGAACGGCGACGCAACGUUCUCGACGUUUGACGACGAGCUCAACCGGCUGCAUCUGCUGGUCUCGCGCUUUGUGAUUCAGAUCGCGGCGCCCGACCAAAAGGCCAGUUCGAGCCUCGUCAAGCGCGCGCUCUUGCACGACAUUACGCGCCUGUGCAUCUUUUUUGGCCGCGAGCGCACGCUGGACGUGGUCUUGCCGCAGCUCAUUACGUUCCUUAACGACCGCGACUGGCAGCUCCGCGCGACGUUCUUUGAGUUCAUCACGGGCGUGUGCUCGUUUGUCGGGCAUGUGUCGGUCGAACUGUACAUUCUGCCGUGCAUUGAGCAAGCGCUCAUCGACAUUCAGGAGCUCGUGAUUGCGCGCGCGCUCCUCUGCCUCGCGAACCUCUGCGCGCUCGACAUGUUUCAGCGCACGGCGCUGCUCGAGAAGGCCAAGCUCACGGCGCCGCUGCUUCUGCAUCCGGGCUGGUGGGUGCGCAGCGCGAUCCUCAAGCUUCUCGCUGCGAUCGCCAAAGAGAUGGACGUUGUCGACCGCAAUGUGUUUUUGGUGCCGCGCCUGCACCCGUAUCUGCGCAAGAAGGUGCGGCUGUGCAAGGACGACGACGUGGCGCUCGUGUUGCGGGACGCGCUCCGGCCGCACGUCUCGCGCGAAGCCUUUGACGCGGCGCUCAUGGCGCGGAAUGGCCCGCGCCUCUUGUUGCACGACGCAGCAGCCGACGACACGGACGACGAGACGAGUAUGAGCAAGGCCGAGAGUGGCGACGAGAGUUUUCACCUCGAGAGCUCGAUCACGCCGGCGCGCCGCAUCAAGUUCAACAGCGAAGACUCGCUCGACGGGUACAACCCCCACGGGACCAACGACUUGAAAAAGUCGACGAGCGCCCAAGCGAUCGCACGCUACGAGCGGUACUAUAUCGGGUCGAGUGCGACAGACGAAGGCGUCCGGCUCGGGCUCAUGCACCAGUACAUUGCGAUGGCGUCGAUGCACAUGCGCAGCAAGAUCCAGCUCACGCACUCGGAGCAAAGUGCGCGCUACAACGGGUCGGACGCGCCGUUUGUCCCAUUCACGCGCAAGAUUCCCAAGUCGUCACUGCAUUCGCUGCGCGUCCCGAGCAUGAAGGUCGCGCUGACCGUGCCGCUGCCGCUCAAGCCGUUUAGCGCGGUCCUCAAGCAGAGCUCCAAGAAGGACCGCGAGGCCGGUCUCAUCAAGUGGGAGAGCAUGCCCUUGGCGCACAUUAUCCGCCUCUACGGCCUCCAGACCGGGAGCCUUGCGACCGACGCGUACCAAAGCGUGUACGACGAGUCGGCGACGCGCACAAAAGUGUUGCAGCACGACCACGUGCACGACCCGGCGCUGUUUCACUCGCACAAGCUCCUUGCGCGGCUGACGGCGCUCGACAUUCCGCCGCUGCCGCUCGACAUGGGCCCGCUCCGCACGAACGAAGGCGCGGUUUAUUCGCAUGCGAUGACGAAUGCAGCGCCAUUGUCGUUGCCGGUGAAUGCACUGCCGUCGAGUGCGCCACCGACACCGUCGUCGACACCGUCGUUGCCGCCGACGCCGUCGUCGGCGUUGGGCACGCCGGCGUCGGCGAUGAUUGGACCGAUUGUGCCAUCGGCCGCGUCGACUGCGGCCGAGAUGUUUCGCAAUUGGCGACCGCGUGAAAGCGUUUUGGCGGCCGAGCUCACCGAGCACACGGGGCCUGUGCACCGACUCGGCGUCGCGCAGGACAGUUCGUUCUUGGCGUCGGCGUCGAGCGACGGGACGGUCAAGCUCUGGUCGGUGCGCAGCCUCGCGCACAGCAUCAACCAAGGCAGUCGCGGCACGUACGACGCGCAAGGCGGUGUGCUCACCGACAUGGUCGUCUGUGAAAACUCGCACUCGCUCGCGACGAGCUCGAGCAACGGGACCGUCCACGUCGUGCGCGUCGAGCGUAUGAGCUCGACCGGCGCGCUCCAGACCGUGCCGCUUCGCGACAUGCACGUGCCCCACGACGCGGUCGUCGUCCUCGACUACAUGAACAACAUGACCGAGUCCCUUCUCGUCUACGGCACGCGGAGCGGCGCCAUCUACGGGUGGGACCUGCGCUUCCGUCGGCAGGCGUGGAAACUGCAAGUGAGCGUCGAGCUUGGCCAUAUGACGUGCAUGACGCACUCGUCCGAUGCGACGUGGCUUGCUGUGGGCACGAGCCGCGGGUACAUUUGCCUCUGGGAUCUGCGCUACCACUUGCUCAUUCGCGUGUGGCGCCACUCGUCCUUCCACGCGAUCCAGCGCCUCGAGCCAUGCUACAUUGUGGCCAGCCGACCGGACAGCGCGCGCAACUCGCCGCUCGUGUACGUGGCCGCCGGCGACUCGGAGGUCGCGGUGUUUGACCUGAGCAUUGGCGCGUGCCGGGGCGUGUUUCGCACGCUGCACACCCAAGUGCAGCUCUCGGAGGCCGACGCGUGCCCGACGUUGCACCACGUCCAAGUGCCGAGCCGAGCCAAGGACGUACUCGCGAGCGUCCUCGGGCCGCAGAACUUUACGCAGGCGCUCGACGAGAUUGCGACGACGACGUCGACCGAAGAGCCGACCGUGCGCGCGAUCGUGACGCCGUCCGAGUACUCGCUCCUCACGGCCGGCGAAGACCGACGCAUUCGGUUCUGGGACCUCCGCAACCCCAAAAAGUCGCUGACCGUCUGCGGCGGCGACGCCUCGUCGUUCUACGACAGCCAAGACGCGCCGCAUGGGUGGUGGAAGCUCAAGGGCGAUGACAAGGUCACGAAAGCCGAGCUCGUGUGGAGCAAGAUGGACCCGCCGACGAUCCACCUGUGCCAAGACGCGUCGUCGUACUUUGGCGACAGCACGGCCGACGGCGUCGCGCCCAACCCUGCGCUCGAACGGCGCGGCCCGAUCCCGCCGUCGCCGGCGCACAACGACUGCAUUUUGGACCUCAAGCUCGUCGAUGUCAACGGCCCGAUGGUGGUGUCGAGCGCGCGGGACGGCGUCGUCAAGGUGUGGCGCUAAGUUAUGUACAUGGAAAAUGCAUGCAUCGGGUUGUCGUUAUCGGUGCAGUCUACGCCGAGACGCUCUCGAGCGCGGCCGAGGCGAAAUAUUUCACAUCCGGGUCCGUAUCUGUCUGGAGGUGCGCCAAGCACGACUUGAUCUGGCCCGUCAACGCCGGGUUGUCCGUGUGCUUCCCUAAGACUUGGAGCGUGUUG